UGGCUCUGAUGGAACGCUCGUGACGUGGCAAAAUUUAUACUUUACAGUCUACGUAUGCGUUGGUGAUAGUGGUGUUCAUGUAAAUUAAGUCUUGCGCUGUAUCUGUGAGUGGUGAUAUAUUUGAAUGUGCAAGUAAAAGAAUAGUUUAGUCAUUUCAAAGAGCGCAGUUGGCUACAGCUGCAGAAUUAAUAGCAAAUCAGACAGGCGAAGAGUUAGUUCGGCUACUUUUCUUCUUAGCUCGCUGAAGUCAACCUACAUAGUGAAUACAGCUUCGAAAUUGGUCAACAUUUGUCUUAGUGCAGUGCUGUACCAGGCAACUUGAAGCCCAGAAUGGGUCUGACUAUUUCGGGUGUCUUCUCGCGUCUGUUUGGAAAAAAGCAGAUGAGGAUUCUAAUGGUUGGACUAGAUGCUGCAGGAAAAACAACUAUACUCUACAAACUUAAACUCGGGGAAAUUGUCACCACAAUUCCUACUAUUGGCUUCAAUGUGGAGACAGUAGAGUACAAGAACAUUAGCUUCACUGUAUGGGAUGUGGGUGGCCAAGACAAGAUUCGACCCCUGUGGAGGCAUUACUUCCAGAACACUCAGGGCCUCAUCUUUGUGGUUGACAGCAAUGAUCGUGAAAGGACACAGGAGGCUGCUGAAGAGCUGCAGAAAAUGUUGCAGGAGGAUGAGCUGAAAGAUGCUGUGCUGCUUGUCUUUGCUAACAAACAGGACUUGCCCAAUGCAAUGGCAAUCAGUGACCUUACUGACAAGCUGGGCCUCCAGGCACUCAGGAGCAGAACUUGGUAUGUGCAGGCAACCUGUGCACCUCAAGGAACGGGUCUAUAUGAGGGACUGGACUGGCUGUCUGAGGAGCUCGCUAAACGCUAAAGGUGUGGCUGUGUACUUCAUGGAGUCAUAACAACCAAGGAUAUGAUUACCAGGAUGGACCUCAGCUUGGGAGAAGAACUGUAGAUGUACAAGUUACAGAACUUUUAUAACUCUGGUGCAUCUUCCCCUUUAUCCCCUUUUUACUUCUUGGCUGAAAUGUCAUACUCAUGGCAAAAGAGGCCGGGAACACCAAAGCUCUCUCUGAAUGUUUCGUGUUUCGGUUUCAAAUAUGAUCCCUAGACCUUCCUCCAUCCCAGACGCUGGCAAUCUGAAUGUGGCUUAUAGUGCAAAUACAGGCAUAUCAGAUUUUGAGGUUAGACUGUUACUUAUUCCACACCUUUAGAAUAUAAACAAUCUACUAUUUACUGUUGGCAGCAGCAUUAUUAUGUUGAAGAUUGGCCAAUUGCUGGGUUUUGUGACAUUUGCCUUCUGGGAUGUGUCAUUCACAAGUAACUUUGGAGUGAAAAUGGCCUAGAGUCUAUUUACGGUAGUUAAGUAGUUCAAACUUUUGAUUGAGCGCAAUGUUAAUUAGUGGAGUUUUGAGUAAGACCGUUUUUUGCAUAACACUGAAUAGUGAAAGUUAAGGGCGCCAGCUAGCACGUCUGCCGUGAAUCUGAAGAAAAUUGCCUGGCACCAUGUUCCAGUAGCGUGAAAUCAGUGGGCAUGUUCAACUUCUUCCGGCAUGGUGCAGAUCUGGCUGGAUGUAAGGUAUGUUUGUAUUGUAAGAUUCAGCCAGAUCUGUGCAGUGCCAGAUCCUUCAUAUACAGGUCUUGUUACAUCCACACUGCACUUUCAAAGUUUACCAUACUUCGGGUUUGUCUACAAUGACCCUCACCACACUACCACAGAAGCAUUGUCAGUGGUAUGAAAUUUCGUUUGUUUUUUGACAUGCCAGCUGGCCCCCAUAGCUUUGACUGUAAGCCCAUUCAGUCAAACUGUCCCGCUCAAAACUCCACUCCACCGUUAAUAGACCCUAGGUUGUUUUCACACAACACUUCAACAUUCAGACCAUUAUUAUUUUAUAUAAUCAUCAAUAAAAAUUGUAAAACAAAACACCAUCUGCUGAACCACUGAAUAAGAUGUCACAUGU